AGGAAGAUGGCGGGGUGCAGGGGGUCCUUGUGCUGCUGCUGCCGAUGGUGCUGCUGCUGCGGGGAGCGUGAAACCCGGACGCCCGAGGAGCUGACAAUCCUUGGAGAAACACAGGAGGAGGAGGAUGAGAUCCUGCCAAGGAAAGACUAUGAGAGUUUGGAUUACGAUCGCUGUAUCAAUGACCCUUACCUGGAAGUUUUGGAGACCAUGGAUAAUAAGAAAGGUCGCAGGUACGAGGCGGUGAAGUGGAUGAUGGUGUUUGCCAUUGGAGUCUGCACGGGUUUGGUGGGUCUCUUUGUGGACUUCUUUGUGCGCCUCUUCACGCAGCUCAAGUUUGGAGUGGUACAGACAUCGGUGGAGGAAUGCAGCCACAAAGGGUGCCUCGCCUUGUCGCUCCUUGAACUCCUGGGUUUCAACUUGACCUUUGUCUUCUUAGGGAGUCUUCUUGUCCUAAUUGAGCCAGUGGCAGCAGGUUCUGGGAUACCCGAGAUCAAAUGCUAUCUGAAUGGGGUGAAGGUGCCCGGAAUCGUCCGUCUCCGGACCCUGGUCUGCAAAGUCUUCGGGGUGCUGUUCAGUGUGGCUGGAGGGCUCUUCGUGGGGAAGGAAGGCCCCAUGAUCCACAGUGGAGCCGUGGUGGGCGCUGGCCUCCCUCAGUUUCAGAGCAUCUCCUUCCGGAAGAUCCAGAUUAACUUCCCCUAUUUCCGAAGUGACAGAGACAAGCGGGACUUUGUAUCAGCAGGGGCAGCUGCUGGCGUCGCUGCAGCCUUCGGGGCUCCCAUUGGGGGGACCCUGUUCAGUCUGGAGGAGGGCUCAUCCUUCUGGAACCAAGGGCUCACGUGGAAAGUGCUCUUCUGCUCCAUGUCUGCCACCUUCACCCUCAACUUCUUUCGUUCUGGGAUUCAGUUUGGGAGUUGGGGCUCCUUCCAGCUCCCUGGAUUGCUGAACUUCGGCGAGUUUAAGUGCUCUGACUCUGACAAAAAAUGUCACCUCUGGACAGCUGUGGACUUGGGUUUCUUCAUCGUGAUGGGGGUCAUUGGGGGCCUCCUGGGAGCCACAUUCAACUGUCUGAACAAGAGGCUUGCCAAGUACCGUAUGCGAAACGUGCACCCGAAGCCCAAGCUCGUCAGAGUCUUAGAGAGCCUCCUGGUGUCUCUGGUAACCACCGUGGUGGUGUUUGUGGCCUCGAUGGUGUUAGGAGAAUGCCGACAGAUGUCUUCAAGUCAAAUCGGGAAUGACUCGCUCCUGCUCCAGGUCACAUCAGAAGAUGUGAAUUCAAGUAUCAAGACCUUUUUUUGUCCCAAUGAGACCUACAAUGACAUGGCCACCCUCUUCUUCAAUCCCCAGGAGUCUGCCAUCCUUCAGCUCUUCCACCAGGAUGGUACCUUCAGCCCCAUCACUUUGGCUUUGUUCUUCAUCCUCUAUUUCUUGCUUGCGUGUUGGACUUACGGCAUUUCUGUUCCAAGCGGCCUCUUUGUGCCUUCUCUGCUGUGUGGAGCUGCUUUUGGACGUUUAGUUGCCAAUGUCCUCAAAAGCUACAUUGGAUUGGGCCAUGUCUAUUCGGGGACCUUUGCCCUGAUUGGUGCCGCGGCUUUCCUGGGCGGGGUCGUCCGUAUGACCAUCAGUCUCACGGUCAUCCUGAUCGAAUCCACCAAUGAGAUCACUUACGGGCUUCCCAUUAUGAUCACUCUGAUGGUGGCCAAGUGGACAGGGGACUUUUUCAAUAAGGGCAUUUACGACAUCCACGUGGGCCUGCGAGGGGUGCCGCUUCUGGAGUGGGAGACAGAGGUGGAAAUGGACAGACUGAGAGCCAGUGACAUCAUGGAGCCCAACCUGACCUAUGUCUACCCGCACACCCGCAUCCAGUCGCUGGUCAGCAUCCUGCGCACCACUGUCCACCAUGCCUUCCCCGUGGUCACCGAGAACCGGGGCAACGAGAAGGAGUUCAUGAAGGGCAACCAGCUCAUCAGUAACAACAUCAAGUUCAAGAAAUCCAGCAUCCUCACCCGAGCCGGCGAGCAGCGCAGGCGCAGCCAGUCCAUGAAGUCCUACCCGUCGAGUGAGCUGCGGAACAUGUGUGACGAGCACGUGACCUCAGAGGAGCCGGCCGAGAAGGAGGACCUCCUGCAGCAGAUGCUCGAGCGAAGAUACACUCCCUACCCCAACCUAUACCCUGACCAGUCCCCAAGUGAAGACUGGACCAUGGAGGAACGCUUCCGCCCUCUGACCUUCCACGGCCUGAUCCUGCGGUCGCAGCUGGUCACCCUGCUCGUCCGAGGAGUUUGUUAUUCCGAAAGCCAGUCGAGCGCCAGCCAGCCGCGCCUUUCCUACGCGGAGAUGGCCGAGGAUUACCCACGGUUCCCUGACAUCCACGACCUGGACCUGACGCUGCUGAACCCGCGGAUGAUAGUGGAUGUCACCCCGUACAUGAACCCGUCACCCUUCACCGUGUCCCCUAACAGCAGCGUCUCCCAAGUUUUCAACCUGUUCAGAACAAUGGGGCUGCGGCACUUGCCGGUGGUGAAUGCCGUGGGAGAGAUCGUUGGGAUCAUCACCCGACACAACCUGACAUACGAAUUCCUGCAGGCCCGGCUGCGGCAGCACUACCAGACCAUCUGAGGCUCGGCCUCAUCCACAGGCCAGCGCCCUCCUGGAGCUCCGGGGAGGCAGCUCUGCUCUGCCACGGUUGGCGGGGCUGCCCCAGGGCACGGCAGAGCCCCGUCACCCCUCGCUCGGAAAGCCUGCCGCCAUCGAACGCUUGCUGGUCUAGAUCCUGGGGAUGGUUUGGCCCGUCAGAGUUUGGACUUGUCUGACUUCCUCAGCAAGUAUCUUCCUGUUCCCUGCUCCCCGAGCUCCUUCCAUCCAGGUCGGCACAGGCCCCAGCCCCUGCCCCACGAAUGCCAGGACUCGAGAGAGGUCAGGCCUCACCGCUGGGGGGUGACACCCGAGCAGUGUUCCUGCUCCUCCGCUGCUUUCCUGGGGGACCCCACUCUGCUUAAACCAUGAGGGAGGGAUGUGGCCACGGCAAGCACUGGAGAAACGCCAGUUGCAAAAUGACGUGAAUGACUAGCUCCGGAGCUGGGCGCUGAGAAGAAGGCCCACGCUCAGGGAGGCCUUCCUCACGGCUCCCGCUCGGCCUGCAGGUUCACUGAGGGGGAUGCGCUGCUUCCGGGCUGAGCUCAGCUCUGGCCCCUGUGGUUUCAGUCUCCUUAGAACCCCCCCCCCCCCCCAAGAAGCACGAAGCAUUAACCCCACUAAUCGUCCCUGAGCAGUGGAUCUGACAGUGGGGCCAGCUUUACAUCUGCCCUGGUCUUAACAUUCCAGCUUUCUCUCCACUUCCCAAGUGACGCACGGUCCCCGGGUGACGCAAUUUUACCGCGAUUCGUCCCUGCUCCGUUCACCUCCACGGAAUCCCUAAACUUCCCCCGUUUGCCUCAUCUUCCUGGGAAAGCCCAGAGGAUCUUGAUGCGCCUCCCCCCAAGUGAACUAAAUAAAAGCAGACCCCCCAAGUUAACUAAGAGCAGGCUCCCCCAUUUUAACAAAGAGCAGGUCCCCCCAGUUUAACUAAGAGCAGGCCCCCCAAUUUAACUAAGAGCA